CGCUCAGUAGACGAGAGGUUCAGAACGAUCGGCCGCAGGUUUAAAAUGCCAGAACACUUGUGCACGGGAAUCUCAAACACAUCAGCACGUCAGUUUCACUGUCUCUGAAUGGAUAUUUAAGGAGUGAGCAUAUAUUUUCUUUGCAACAACAACACAUCUGUUGUCGAUCCUCAGAGAUGAAGAAGUACCUCAUCCAAACUGGAAAUGUAUUUUGUGUCUGAAGUGAAGUUUUCUGCUGUAACUCAGUGUUAUUCACUGGAACCAGGGUGCUGAGAACAGACCAGCAUUUGUUCACUGGUGAUCAGUUCUUCAACUGCAUGGACCCUACAAGUGAUUCAAACGUCUGACAUUCACCUGCUCUGCGUGAGGGAGGGGAACUACCCAGUCAUCCUGCCUGAAGAUACAUCAGCAAUAGUGAGAUGCUCCACCUGUUCUGACUGUGAGAAGCAAUUCAUUCUGCAAUUGAAUCUAAAGAUAGAUCUGAAAAUUUUCCAGCUCAGAUGGUGAGAAGGCACUCACACACUCAACCACAGCACAGUGACAUCAGCGAGUUCACACCAGCGAGAAGCCAGUCACCUGUCCUGAAUAGGGGAUCGGGUUCACGCACUCAUCUCAACUGAAUGAACACCAGCGAGUUCACUCUGAGAAGAUGCCGUUUAUCUGCUCAGACUGUGGGAAGGGAUUCACUCACUUUUCAACACUACAACGACACCAGCGAGUUCACACUGGGGAGAGGCCAUUCAGCUGCUCAGACUGUCGGGAGGGAUUCACUCAGUCAUCUCACGUACUGACUCACAAGUUAGUUCACACCUGGAACAGGCCAUUCACAUGCUCUGAAUUUGGAAAGGGAUUCAUUCGGUCAAAUCAGCUACUGAGUCACCAUUUUGUUCACACUGGGGAGUGGCCAUUCACCUGCUCUAAAUGUGGGAAGGGAUUCACUCAAUCAUCUGCCCUUUUGAAGGACUACGGAAUUCACGCUGGGAAGAGGCCGUUCACCUGCUCAGACUGCGGGAAGGGAUUCACUCGGCCAUCUCACCUACUGACACAUCAGUUAGUUCACACUGGGGAGAAACCGUUCACCUGCUCAGACUGUGGGAAAGAAUUCACACGAUCGUAUAACUUGAAAGUACAUCAGCGAAUUCACACUGGGGAGAAGCCGUACACCUGCUCAGACUGUGGGAAAGAAUUCACGCGCUCAUAUGAUUUAAAAAUACAUCAACGAGUUCACACGGGGGAGAAACCAUUCACCUGCUCAGACUGUGGGAAGGAAUUUGCACGGUCAUCUGACCUGAAAGUUCAUCAACGACUCCAUCGCGGGGAGAAGCCAUUUACCUGCUCCGAAUGUGGGAAGAGAUUCACUCGAUCAUCUCACCUACUGACACACCAGUUAGUUCACACGGGGGAGAAACCGUUCACCUGCUCAGACUGCGGGAAGGAAUUCAUUUGGUCAUCUGACCUGAAAGUUCAUCAGCGAGUUCACACUGGGGAGAGACCAUUCAUCUGUUUUGAAUGUGGGAAGGGAUUUACUCGGUCUUCUCAACUGAAGGAACAUCGGCGAAUUCACACUGGGGAGAAACCGUUCAAAUGCUCAGACUGUGGGAAGGAAUUCAGUCGGUCAUCUCAACUGAACAAACAUCAGCGAGUUCACACUGAGGAGAGGCCUUUCACUCCACCCUCCACCAUCCACCCUUGCACAUUCAGAGAGACAAGAGUACUGGAAACCGUGCCAUCUGGGUGAGCACAGGGAAACGCAGCAUUUCACUGUACGAGCCAGCGGUGAAGCUGUGAGUGACCAGUCCACAAUACAAGCCCGAGACAGCAGAUGGUAUUGUGAAGGUCAAAUGGUUACGGCAAUUAGUCGACACUAAUAAGGAAGCCCAUUAUGUCGCAGACCAUAACCUGGGAGAGAAAAUACAGCAGAGUAAAUCUGAUUUUGACAGCAAACAAAACCUUGGAAGUUGGAAAGACGACAGAAGGUUAUGUUCUCAAUACGUUAGCCGGGGCCUAUCACAUCUCUGAGAUUUGCAAGGGCAUGUCAUGGCAGGACAGAGCCAGUCUAUCAAAUCCAGACUGCUCCAGAGUCUUGAGGUUGGCAUCAUAUGAACCCACUUGUAGAUAGUUAAUGUUCUCUGGAAACUGAGGUCGACAGGCACAUUGUCAAUGGGAUGCUCCGGAUGGAGAUGAUGAUUCUCUCAGAUUUAUCUCUCAAUCGACAAUGGAGAUGACGAAGGGGCAUUUGAUCCCCCUCGGACAGUUGGGCAAACACUUCCACUUUGCGCCCAGAGCUGAAGGGUAGUUCAUUCAUUGUCAACAUCCACGAGGGUGGGUUAAGGCAAGGCAAUCUUUCCCAUCCUCUCAGUGACUAUGGAGGAGAGAAACUGGUACAUUCAUCACUCUUGAUGGAGAAGAUGAAUUUCGAGGAGGUAUCAGGUAAUCAGAUAAGUACAGAAAUUGCUCUUGCUGGUUUUACUAACAGAUAUUCGGAAAUGAUUGAAUCUGAAAUAAUACCGAUGAUUGUCCUCAUAUCAUAAUGGUCAAAUGCCCGAUUGAAGAAGACAUGUUUUCCAAUACAGUAUAUUAUUUUCCAAUUGUAUAUUCAUUAUUCAUCAAGUCUAGUGGUAGUUAACAGUGUCAUUCCUCUGUCACUCAGUUAGCCGCGCCCACAUGGGAGAAGUACACACACCGUACAAGCAGGGUUGUCAAUAAAGAUCCUGCAUGCGGAUGUCCCUCAAUAACACACACAACAUGGUGUCAAUACAAAAUCUAUGGGUUGAAGAACUGACUCCCAGUGAACAAAUGCGGGUGUGUUCUCAGCACCCCAGUUCCAGAGGAUUUCACUGAGUUAGAACGGAAAAUUUAUUUUCAGACAAAACUUUUUGACCAUAUUUCGGGAAGUGUGUUAUCAUGCAGCGCGUCAUAUCAAAAGCGCAGAGGCCAUUGGCAAAGACACUUGGCAGUCCUCGUUCUGGAUUCCCUGAGGGUUAAUUUGUCGGCUGAGUCGCUGGCAAAGAAGGCAAAUACUAUGUGUGCAUUCAUUUCAAGAGGACUAGAACAUGCACGUAAGGAUGUAUUGUUCAAUCUUUAUAAAGCACAGGCGAGGCUUCACUUGGAAUAUUGAGUGAUCGGCAGAUAGCUGUGGGUCCAGGUGCUUGCUGAAGCGGGCGUAGAUUUCAGCCACAACCCAAAUCUGAAAGCAUUUCAGCACUUAAGAGUACUAGCAAACAGUAUUCAUUAAGACAGCUUCCCCUGCUUGUAAACCCUGGUAUAAUUGUAACCCUUUUGAAGCAGAUGAGAACUUAUGUAGCAAUGAUUGAAAAUGUCAUUUAAUACCCCCGCUAAUUGGUCAGCUCUGAUUUUCAGAACAUUACCUUUGUAGGAAGUAACGGUCUGCAAACCCUGCCAGAAUUGACAUGCAUUCGAUGUCGCCUGCAGCCUCGCGUGGAAUUAUUUUUUAGCUCUGGAAUUAGCCCUCAGCAAGUCAUGCCUCGUUUAUUUGUACAGACCUGGGUGGCCUGACUUAAAUAUCAUAGCCCUAAUGAGCCUCCUGCUGAUCCACAGCUUUUGAUCUGGGGUGUGUAAAUUCUGGUUGGCACACACUCAUCCACACAGGUUUUAAUGAAGUCUCUAAUCUGUAGGUAACUUUCUGAAUGCUACUUUACCUACCUUUCCGAUAUCACAUCCAAUCAAAGUUACCGAAAAAAAUUUGGGUUUAAACCCCUUUCAGAAGGGGUUCUGAUAAACUUCUGAUAAAAUUAAGAAUGAGUGGGAAAGAGAACUUCAAGUAUCUUUAUCUACAGAGGAAUGGGAGAAAAUUCUUAAACUAGUCAAUACUCAUCAAUGUAUGACAGACAUGCUUUGAUACAAUUUAAGGUGUUUCAUUGGGCUCAUAUGUCCAAGGAUAAUUUAGCACAUUUUUAUGGUCAUAUAAACCCUGUUUGUGAUAGAUGUAAUUCUGAAGUAGCUUCUUUGACACAUAUGUUCUGAUCGUGCCCUCUGUUAAGAAAAUAUUGGAAAGAUAUUUUUGAUAUUAUUUCAGCAGUUCUGUGUGUUGAUUUGAAACCUCAUCCUAUUACUGCAAUCUUUGGUCUACCAGUGAUAGACUCCAGUCAUUUAUCGUCAUCAGGUUGUCGAUUAAUUGCUUUUGUGACAUUAAUAGCCAGAAGAUCGAUUUUAUUUAAAUGGAAAGAUUCCAAUCUUUCAUGUUUUUUUCAUCUUUCAUGGUUUUCCCAGACGAUUGCAUGUUUAAAUUUGGAAAAGGUUAGGAGCAGUACUAUGAAGCCCUCAGUUAAAUUUGAAGAAACUUGGAAGCCAUUUAUUCAAUAUUUUCAUAUGAUGUAAGUUUACCCUUUAUGAAGGCAACAUGAGUGAAUCUGCAGGUGCUGGAAAUAAAUAAAAACGCAAAAUGCUGGCUGAUCUCAGCAGGCCAGGCAGCAUCUAUGGGAGGAGGUAGUGACGACGUUUUGGGCGGAAACCCUUCAUCAGGAGGGUGAUUAAGACUCCUGAUGCUGGGUUUCGGCCCGAAACGUCAUCACUACCUCCUCCCAUAGAUGCUGUCUGGCCUGCUGAGUUCUGCCAGCAUUGUGUGUUUUUAUUGACCCUUUCUGAAUCCUUUUUUCAGUAACUUUUAAUGGAUAAAAGAGCGGAGUUAAACGACAAAAUAUAAUUUUAACUGAUGAAUUUUGGCAACCCGGUCUUUGUUUUUUUUUAGGUUAGUUUGUUUUAGUUUGUGUUUUUUUCUCUUUUUUUAUAAUUAUAAUUAUCUUUUUCAUGGUUCGUCACUUAGCGAGUGGGAGGUUAGAUUCCAUUUUUUACUUGGAAUAUGUGUUUCUAGAUGUUAACCAUUAUUAAUGUAUUCCUGAUCUCUAUGUAUUAGUAUUAAUAUUGUUUAUUGGAAAC